GAAACUGGAAGCUCUAGCAGCUACUAGUCUAUAGAAAAAUGUCGAGCGUGCGGAGUUAACUGGUCUACUUAGAGAUAGAUUGAUGCGAUUUAUGUAAUCCAUACAGCGAGCGGGUCUAAGUAACGUUAAUAAGAAAGAAUACGCAGGUUCUUACGAGGUGUAAUUACAACGAUCAUCUUACUGGACUAACAUUACAACAAAAAAUAUAUUUGAGGAUUAUCAAAAAGAAAAUUAAAGGGGGAUGUCAAAAAGUGAAACAGAAGAGAUGAUAGAAAUUGAAAUUGAUGGUCAAGAUAAACAGGAUUGUGUGGAGGAGGGGGUGGAGGAACAGACCAUCACAGCAUCUGAGCUCAUCACUCAGGACAUUGACAUCAAUGAGCCAGUUGGGAAUCUCAAGAAGCUUUUGGAGCCCCGUCUCCAGAUCCCGCUGGAAGGCUUUGAGAUCUGUCUGCAAGACAUCCAUCUGUCAGCAGAGCACAGCCUGUUUGAUCAAGGUGUAAAGACAGAUGGAACUGUACAGCUCAGUGUGCAGAUCAUCUCCAGACCAGAUGAGCAGAAGCUCAACAUCCUGGAGAUCGUCAAACCGGUGGAGACGGUAGAGGUGGUGAUUGACCCGGAUGCAGCGGCCGGCGAGGAGGCCCAUCUGAUGGAGGACGGUCAAAUGAUCGCCGUGGAGCGUUCGGCCAUCGCAGAUGACACGUCGGAGCAGGUGACGCGGUGGGCGGCUGCUCUGGAGGGCUACAGAAAGGAGCAGGUCCGCCUCAACAUCCCCUACGACCCGGUGCAGUGGACAGCAGACCAGGUGAUCCACUGGGCGGUGUGGGUGAUGAAGGAGUUCAGCAUCGAGGAGAUGGAGGUGGGCAGCAUCCACAUCCCGGGUCGUGACCUCUGCUCCCUGAACCAGGACGAGUUCCUGCAGCGGGUUCCCAAUGGAGAGAUCCUGUGGAGCCAUCUGGAACUGUUACGCAAAUAUGUGUUGGCCAGUCAGGAACAGGCUGUUCAGGAGGCCACCGUGACUAUUGACCAGCCGAUGCAGAUCAUCCCGGCCCCUGUGAUGCAGACCACGCCCACAGCCAUCAAGGUGCUGAAGCAGAGCAAAGGCCCGCGCGCACCGCGCAUCAGUGGGGAGGAGCGCAGCUCACCGGGCAACCGCACAGGUAACAACGGUCAGAUCCAGCUGUGGCAGUUCCUGCUGGAGCUGCUGACGGACAAGGACGCACGGGACUGCAUCUCCUGGGUGGGCGAGGAGGGCGAGUUCAAGCUGAACCAACCCGAGCUGGUGGCCCAGAAGUGGGGCCAGCGCAAGAACAAGCCCACCAUGAACUACGAGAAGCUCAGCAGAGCCCUCAGGUACUACUACGACGGCGACAUGAUCAGCAAGGUGCAGGGCAAGCGCUUCGUCUACAAGUUUGUGUGCGACCUGCGGACGCUGAUCGGCUACAGUGCGGCCGAGCUCAACAGCCUGGUGACGGAGUGCGAGCAGAAGAAGCUGGCGCGCGUGCAGAUGCACGGCAUCAGCCAGCCCGUCACCACGGUGACCCUGGCCACCACCGCCUCCGACAGCUGAGCUGAGGCUCUCUCUCUCUCAGCCAAUCAGGAGACAGGGCUGGUCAAAGGAUGGUGACUGAGGGGAAUAGGGAUGUUUGUGCAAAAGUUGCAAGCAGCUUCUGGAAGGAAUGAGUGUGUGGAUGUGUUAAGGCGUGCAUGUGUGUGUGUGUGUGUGUGUGUGUGUGUGUGUGUGUGUGUGUGUUUGUAUGCAAGUGUGUGUUUGUAUGCAUGUGUGGGCGGGUGAUGAUGCCCUUCUUGGGGGUGUGAAUGUGUACGCUUGUGUGAGAGGCAGCACAUAUGCUCUACACGUGCGCUUAUGGGUUUGUAUGCUCGUUCUCUGACUGCAGGCUUGCGUUAGCUGCAUUUCCAAUGUAUAUACUCUGUGUUUUGAUAGCCAUGAGGGCAGUGUAUUUUGAUAUUUUCCAUUUGUAAAGGAUCAAUUUCUUCUCCCCUUUUCCUUUUUUUUUUUAUUAUGUUGAGUGUCCGAUUUCCUUGAGGUGUGGGCCUUUUAGGCUUGGCCACUAGGGGGCAAUAAAGCAACAAGUGUUUUUUUGAA